CUCAGCAUGACUGCCAACAACUUCGACUUCAAAAUCACCAUUAUGGCGGGGGGAGGCGGCAGAAUCGGGAAAGCCAUGUCUGAAUGGGUUAUCAAUGUGGGGAAGAAGGUCUUUAUCAUCGGCAGCACGAAUCCACACUGACGCCUACUGUGAUGGAAAUCGAAGCGGCAGCUUACUACCCAUUAAUAUUAGUUAUUAGUGACAUCUCGUCGAUCCUGGCUUUGUAAGAAAGACCAUAGCUGGGUAUCCGGACUGGGUAUCCGGAGUCGGCUGUUUUGUCAACGAUGCUGGUUUCCAGAGACCACCCGAGGUCCUCAAUGACGAUGAGACUGAGUUGCUGAAGAAGGCGGAUCAGGAGAUCGAUAUCAACAUCAGGGCCCGCUUCAUCUGGCUGUCGAGCUACUGAAUUACUUUAAACCGAAGCCGAGCGCUGUGGUAGUUAAUGUAAACUCAGUGUUGGGCUUCAAUUCGAUGAGUAAUCAACCCAGUGUACAAUGGGACAAAGGCCUAGUUGCAUUCUGGAGCAUGACGCUCCGGACGCAGCUGAAAGACACGAAUAUUAGGGUGAUAGAGAUCGAGCCUCCGACUCUAGCUACAAAUCUCUACCGAGAAAGGAAAGAUCCGAAUGAUAACAAGAAGAUCAAGAAUCCAAGAGCGAUGUCAGUCGAGGGGAUCAUUGAAGAGAUGACGAAGAAGAGGGGGUGAGAAUAUUGGGGUGAGAAUAUUGGGGUGAGGUCGGGUGCUCGGUUCAUCCCAUAGCAGAAGCAGGCGUUUGGAAGGAUUAUGCAGAGAUGGCGCACCGAUUUUGAAUGGCAAUCGUGCGAUGUG